CCCUAAUUUGGCCUGAAGUUUAGGCUGAGUGACAGUUAUAGCCCCAUUUUUCAAAUAAGACAUCUACGGCCUACUUUUGAAAUUAUUAGACAAAUUUGGCUCGGAACUUGUGAUGACCGUUAAUAUUAACGGUCAAACACUUAUUCCAUUAGUGACUCAGCAAAAAACUAUUGAUGUGGUUAUACAUGGUGCCACUUCAUUAAAUAAUAUUUUUGUAAUUUAAUUAAAAUUAAAAAUUAUAAGUUAACAAAUUAAAAGAUGGAUCUCUUCUCCACUUUCUCUUCUCUGUUUCGCAGCUCCCCUUCCCCCCUCCCUCCACCAGUGCUUCCUCUACCCGCCGCCAUCGACAACAAAACCGGACUAUUCUCAUCAGCUGCCGUUGAUAUAUCGCCCCUCGGGAACCCCGCCUCUUCCGACGAAAUUUAUAUCUCUACGGCAGCUUUCGCCGCAAACGAUGUCGCCGAUCAAAUCGUCGGCGUAAAAGUUCGCCCCUCGCUGGCCCCAAUCGCCGCCGCCGUCGGGGUCGAUGUGGACACCCUCAACCGCCGCAACCUCCUAUCGCAAACAUACAAGCUACAACGCACCAUCGGGAUUUUGCGAAGCCCCGCCACAAGACGACAAUAGUGGUGGGGAUUUUUCAAUUCAGAAGCCGCAACCAAUGUCGUCCCAGUGAUACGACUAUGGGGUUUAGAGUGAGAAAGCGCCAGCCUAAUAUUGCCUGUAGAUGCGCCUGCGCCCCGAAGCAAGGAGAGGAGAGUUGUAGGCAUUCGUUCCAUCCACCGACCCAGGAUUGUAAGAAUCCAGAUCUGGUGGUGACGCACGUUCCCUCGACGAGCAUCCUUCUCGAGAUUCCCUCUCUUCAACGAAUCGACGCGGUCUCUUAACAAAUCUGUGUUAGUAAC